ACAAAUGGUUUCUAGAUAAACAAAGACAAAUGAAUAUGUUGAUAGAGUGUUUAUAGACAAAUAAGUCAAUUAAACAUUACCGGUGAUAGCUAACACAAACUUGAAAUUGAAAAAUGCCGGACAUAAAAGUAACUCCACUUGGCGCCGGCCAAGAUGUAGGCAGAAGCUGCUUACUACUUUCAAUGGGCGGUAAGAACAUCAUGCUGGACUGCGGAAUGCACAUGGGUUACAACGAUGAACGAAGGUUCCCAGACUUCACAUACAUAAGUCCCGAUGGGCCACUUACACCUUUCAUCGAUGCUGUCAUCAUAUCUCAUUUCCAUUUGGAUCACUGCGGUGCCCUUCCUUAUAUGUCUGAGAUGGUGGGUUACAGUGGGCCGAUCUAUAUGACCCACCCCACCAAAGCCAUAGCCCCCAUUCUGCUGGAGGACAUGAGGAAAGUCUCUGUGGAGAAAAAAGGCGACCAGAACUUCUUCACCUCACAAAUGAUCAAGGACUGUAUGAAGAAAGUGGUGGCUGUCACUUUACAUCAAUCCGUCAUGGUGGAUAGUGAGUUAGAAAUCAAAGCCUAUUAUGCUGGACAUGUACUUGGAGCAGCCAUGUUUUGGGUCCGAGUUGGUUCUCAGUCAAUUGUUUACACUGGUGAUUAUAAUAUGACUCCAGAUAGACAUUUGGGGGCAGCCUGGGUGGAUAAGUGUCGACCAGACUUACUGAUAUCUGAGUCAACCUACGCCACCACAAUACGUGAUUCCAAACGAUGUCGAGAAAGGGAUUUCCUGAAAAAAGUCCAUGAAUGUAUAGACCGAGGUGGAAAGGUUUUAAUCCCUGUAUUCGCCCUCGGUAGGGCGCAGGAAUUGUGUAUAUUAUUAGAAACUUAUUGGGAACGUAUGAAUCUGAAAGCCCCAGUUUAUUUUGCCUUAGGUUUAACAGAGAAAGCCAACAAUUACUAUAAAAUGUUCAUAACUUGGACUAAUCAGAAAAUUAGGAAGACUUUUGUGCAAAGGAAUAUGUUUGAUUUCAAACAUAUUAAACCAUUUGACAGGCAAUAUAUUGAUAAUCCUGGUCCUAUGGUGGUUUUUGCUACUCCUGGUAUGCUUCACGCAGGCUUAAGUUUACAGAUAUUCAAGAAAUGGGCCCCAUCAGAGAACAACAUGGUCAUCAUGCCUGGAUUUUGUGUACAAGGCACAGUUGGGCACAAAAUUCUUAAUGGGGCAAAGAGAAUAGAAUUUGAAAACCGUAUGGUGGUUGAAGUUAAAAUGGCUGUGGAAUAUAUGAGCUUCUCUGCCCAUGCUGAUGCUAAAGGUAUAAUGCAGCUGAUUCAAUAUUGUGAGCCCCGCAAUGUGAUGUUAGUGCACGGCGAGGCCGAAAAAAUGGAGUUCCUGAAAGAGAAGAUCCACCAGGAGUUCAAAAUCAAAUGCUACAAUCCGGCGAACGGCGAAACAGCAAUCAUUACGACCCCAGUCAAGAUUCCGAUCGACGUGUCUUUGCCAUUGCUGAAGAAGGAAGCGAAGAAAUACAGUCUCCUGCCACCAGAUCCGAAGCGUCGCAGGACCAUUCACGGGGUUCUGCUGAUGAAGGACAGUAGUGUAAGCAUGAUGGAAGUGGACGAGGCGUGCAGAGAAGCUGGCAUUGUUCGGCAUAUAGUCCGGUUUACGUCUACAGUUCACAUAAAUGAUUCGGGUUCUGCUUCUGCAACUGCACACAAACUUCACGAUUUCAUUAAGGAAAAAUUGCCCCAAUGGAACGUAACGUUUUCAGAAGGUGAAAUAUCUGUUGAGUCGGUACUGGUUAAAGUUGAAGGAGACGAGGACGAUCAGAAAAGUGUAUACGUUUCUUGGACCAACCAAGACGAAGAUUUAGGGAGCUAUAUUUUAAGUAUACUUAAUAAUAUGGGAAAAUAAAUUUAUUUAUUUAGUAUGUAAUUGUGAAUUUCAGCCAGAAAUUCAAAAUAAGAUUGUUAUAGUCUGAUGUAAUAUUGAAUUUUUACAUAAUAAAUUAAAAUCAAUUGUUUUAAGA